UGUGUUGCAGGACAAUGUUGGAGUGUGGCAUGCUAGAGAGGGACAAACAGUCUCUACGCAGACGCUCUGCUGUUUUGUGCAAACAGCUGGUGGUGGAUGAGCUGCUCAUUCAGUCACUGCUGGCAGACAACAUCCUGACUGAGAGCAUGGCAGAGAGCAUCAUGGCUGAGCAGACGUCUCAGAAACGCAGCUGGCAGUUGUUACUUCUCCUGCCAAAGCGAGGACCCAGAGCGUUUAGCAGUUUCUGUUCAGCGCUCCGAGAGACUGAGCAGCAGCACCUGUGUGACCUGCUCACACAGUCACUGGAGCAAGAAGACAAGGAGACGCACGUAGACAGAGUUAAAAGGUCUCCUCUUCCACUUCCAACCCAGGAGGAAUUCCCUGCAAAGAGAGCACGGACACACGAGUCCAUGGAGUUUAGCCUCGAUGCCGACAGUCCCAUCACCACUCCUGUCCUGCCAUGCACUCCUGACUUUUACCUCUCUCGCUGCCAGCAGUCUUACAGGAUGAAAUCCACCCCUCGUGGCUUUGCCUUGGUUAUCAGUAAUGUGACCUUUGACUCUGGCGCUGCUCCUGACCUCGACCCAAGGAAAGGAGGUGAAGUGGAUGACGAGGUCCUCAGGAAGAUUUUUACUGAGCUGGACUACCUCGUCAGCGUCCACAGAGACCUCACAGCUCAGGACAUGAGGACAUGCCUGGAGACAUUCUGCAGGCGACCAGAACACCGGACAAUGGACAGCUGUGUGGUGUGUCUGCUGUCCCACGGAGUGGAUGGGGCGGUUUACGGCACCGACGGACAACUUCUUCAGCUGGACUGGGUGUUUCAGACUUUUGACAACGCACGCUGUCCGCUGCUCCAAAACAAACCAAAGAUGUUUUUCGUUCAGGCCUGCAGAGGAGAUGAGAUGGACUGUGGAGUGGAGCAGAUAGACGGGCCAGCGAGGACUCUCUCACCAAACUGUGAACAGCGCGAUGCUGGGAGGGAGGGAGAGGGGGAUGCAGACUCGACGCAAAGAGGGGACCAGAGGAGGCCUAGAAUCAAACUGCCUCAACGCUCAGAUAUGAUCUGUGGCUUCGCGUCUCUCAAAGGCACAGCAGCCAUGCGAAACACCAAGAGAGGGUCCUGGUUCAUCCAGGAACUCAACUCGGCACUCCGCCUUCGUGCCAGAGACACACACCUUGCAGACAUCCUGGUGCAGGUCAACAGACGUAUCAAAGAGAGGGAGGGCUACGCUCCGGGCACGGCCCACCAUCGCUGCAAAGAGAUGUCGGAGUUCACCAGCUCCCUCUGCAAAGACCUCUACCUGUUCCCCAAGUACCAGCCUCAGUACUGAUGUGCAACAGCGCACUUUAAACAAACACACACAUCAUUCCACAUGGGGAAGCCUUUCAGUGAAAGGCAUCACAUCAACAAACACUGCCACAUUCCCCUGGUUCUAAACUCAGUAUCCAUGCAGGUUUGUUCAUUCGAACCCCAGACACACACGAACACACACUCUGAAAUCCUUAUAAGGAAAACGAGCGGGUUUUUGUUCAUCCACAUGAACUCUGGUGUCA